CAAAGCUCAGUAAUACUGCAGGGGAAAAAAAAAAAAAAAAAAAGAAAAAAAAAGGCCUUUAUACUAUCACUGCUCCGGAGCAGCAAGGGAAGAAGCACCGCAGGGGUUACAUAUGGGCCCUCAUUCCAGCGCUGGAAACCCGACCGCUUGCUUUCAUCCCUAGCUCUUCCGGGGAGCUCAGCCACACGCUGUAUUUCUUAUUUCUUUGUGAAACUGCUUGUGGAACGGGGUGUGACAACGCGCAGAUCUGCCCCUACAGAUCUGCCUCAGCGAAGCCGUUACUUAGGCGCGGCGGGCGCGCCGCCCUCAGCCCACUCGGCCCAAACUCUCAGCAGCAGCAACAAUGGCGCCGGGCAGCGCGCGCCCCGCCUCAAGCAUGGAUGCGCCGCAGGCCGCGGCCCGCCCCUCAGCAGCAGCCAACACCGCCCCCCGGCCGCAACCCGCGCUCGGGACCACAUCCAACGCCCUCCUAUUGGCGGGAGCAGCUGCCAGUCAUCGCGACUCUCCGCCAAUAUUAGUGCGGCGGCAAGGCCCGCCUCUCAAGGGAGAGCCAAUCAGCGCCCGCCUAGUCCCCGGAGCGGGAGAAGCCGGAAGGCCUAGCCGGGGCCGAGGGCCCGCGGGGCACGGGCGCCCCGGGACCGUCGCGGGCGGCCGUGAAUCGCGUGAGCGUCCCGCGGGCGCGCCCAAGAGGAAGUGUGCUGUCAGCAUCGGAUGUGCAAUUAUGUCCACUCAGUACUCCCUGCUGCUUUAAAACCUCCAUGCCAAGUCUGGUCUACUGUGUUCAAGUUCAUGUUUUUGUAAGUUUGCAAAAACCAGCUGACUAGUGAAGUUAGGGAGAUCACUGUAGUUUGAACGCCAUAGGAAAGACGUUUUGAAUUUUUUUAACCAAAUAUUUUCUUUUACAUUAUUUUGAAUUUUGGGAAGAAGUUUUAAGAAACUGUGUGUUUAUCAGCUUUAAAAACCACAGUGACUUGAGUUCUGGAGAAUUAUGAGAAUCACUCCUUACAAGACUGCAUAGUGUCUUAGUGUUUAAGUAACAGUCAACAUCACAUUUUUUGCUGUUAUCACAGCAUAAAAAUACAGCAGACACUGUAUUUUUAUACAGUAUUUUAUAUAUUUUAUUUUAUUUAUUAUACAGUAUUUUAUACAGUAUAUUUAUACUGUAUUUUAUACAGGCCAGUAUUUGGCUGGAAAACCUCUAAUUUUUAUAUGGGUAUGCAAUGUGCAUCAUGAGUAGAAAUAAAAUGCACACAUUUGUCAUAUAUACUGUAUAUAUAUUACAUCUUCAGAUAUAAAGAUUUUCACAAAAAAGCUUCUAUAAUCUGAUUUGCAAUUUUUUUUUUCUUUUAAUAAGCCACAAUGAACCUUGUGCAUUAAAACAUGAAACCUGAUGAUUUUUCUAGUCUUUUUCAUAAUUCCUGGAAAUCUACAGUCUGGAAAGCAUAGAAGCUAAAGUGGUGGGAGUAUUUACCUAUUUCACUAUCAAUUCAUAUAAUUUGAGAUUACUUCUACUUUAAGACCAUGUAAUCUUCCUAUAAAACUGCACAAUUAUGGAAUAUAUUACUGCUGAAGGGAGAGAACAUCUGACCAAUAUGUUCAUAAAAUGUUAACCAUAGAUGAAAAUACAGUUCAAAAUCUGGAAAAAUCUGGGGAAAACAUCCCACAUGUAAUACAAGUAACACCGAGAUCACUAUAAAGUGAGAAAGCAGACAACCUGGACAUAAUUAUUCUCAGCAUUUAGGGAAUGUUUCUUCCUUCAAUAACUGUUUUUUUCCUGGCACAGCCUUCCAUCCGUGCAUGCAAGACCAUUGCAACACAUAGCACACUUUAACUGUGUUGAUUACAGUGGUUUAAGUACAACUCCCUUUGCAGACACGUAGAUGGAGCCUUCACCAAAGCACAUGUGCUGCUGAAAGAGCACCCAGCCUCUCCUCAUGCAUGAUCUACACUGCAAGCCUCAGACAGGUGCCUGAGCUGCUGAGAGAUCAACGACUUGCCUGAAAGAUGGAGACUGAAUCCCAGCAUGAGAUUUCUAGGGAACUAGAUGUCUGAAAUCCUGCAGGAU